AUGGAUAUACUCACUCGUAGGAGACCUUUAUCAUGUAUGAGCUCCGUGCUAUUCAGUGCAUCGUUGCAACGCACGCACUGUGGAGUAUUUAUAUCAAACUUGUCGAAAUAUAAUGAAGGCAUGAAGGAAGUUGAUUCAAAAGAUUAUUUAGAUGAAAAAAUGAAUUCAAAAAUAUUUUUAUUAAUAAUUAAUAUUUGUAUUUUAUUAAAAUUAUCGCAAUGCGAAGAUUUAUCAACAUUUGUGGAAUUAAUUGAAUAUGAUUAUGAAGAUCAAUGUGCAAAUACAGCAUCUAUAUCAAAACAUUUUUUAACAGAUGAUCUUUCAGAUCUAUAUAAUUUAUAUUCAUUAUUAAGUGAUAAGACUGAAGCAGAUGCAUCAUUUGCUAAAUUCCAGCGAGAGCAAGCAAUACAAUUAAGUUCAAAAGAGAAUGAUAAUGAAAGCUUAAAUAGAAAAGUACAGUUAUUAACAAAAAUUGGUGAUAAUUUAUUAUCUGAUAGUGAAAUAUCAAAGAUAAUCGACUUAAAAGAGGAUACCGAAAAAAUGAAAUUAACUUCCAGCAUAGCUUGCUUAAAUGAUACAAAUUGCAGCUUAUAUUAUAAUGAUGUACUACAUACUCUUGCCACUUCCAAAGAUGUCGAUGAAUUAGAAUACGUAUGGUCAGCAUGGAAUACAAAGUUUCAAAAACAUGAAAAUCAAUUAAUUGAAGUUGUAAAAUUAUUAAAAAACGCUGCAGAAGCCAACGGAAUGUAUGAUGUUGAAUCAUAUUGGGAUCUAUUAACAGAAUAUACAAAUAGUUUUCGACGUGUGAAAACAAUGUGGCUAGAAAUUGAACCAUUAUAUUUAAAAUUACAUAAAUUUGUUAAAGAUCGAUUAAUUUUUAAUAAAUUUAUGGUUGAAGAUGGUACCGAAGAAAUACCUAUUUAUUUAUUAGGUUCACCUCAUGCGAAUGAUUGGUUAAAAGUAGCUGAUAAAAUAUUACCUCACCCACAAAUAUACGAUAAAAUUGUUAAUACUAUUAAAGAAAAGAUUAUUGGAGGAAAAGCCGCAUAUGAAUGCGCCCAAAUAUUAACAAAUAAUAUGGGAUUAAUGAAUUACAAUGAACAAUUUUGGAAAAAUUCUAGAUUUAAUUCAAGAUGUCCAACUAGUAUAUUGAAUUUCUGUCAAAGUGGAAACAUUGAAGUGGUUACAUGUAAUGAAACUUCUUUAUCGAAAUUUAUUGAAGCCAAUGGAAUUGGCUUGCAUAUUUCACACUCUCAAUUGACGGGGGAGGAUGAAAACAACCUAAGUUAUAGUAUACGUAAUCCAAAUAGAUAUUCAGCUCUUACCGAAGGUAUAAAAGAAAUCGGCCAUUUAUUAUCAAUACAUCCGUCAAAUUUACAUACACAAGAAAUAGUUUAUUUACAUGAAUUUGAUAUCUAUUCUGAAAAAUACCAUGCAAACGAGACUUUACUAUUAUUACAUGCGUUAAGAAUCCUACCACGAUUAGCAUACUAUAUCAGUGCGGAUGAGUGGAGAUUACAAGUAUUAGAAAAUGAUACGAAUGAUAUUGAUUGGUGGAAUUUAAGGCAACAAUAUCAACGUGUAACUGGUAAUGGAAAUACCAGCGAUUAUUUAUACGAUUUAAAUUUACUACACAAUUCACCGUAUAUUAGCAAAUUUUUGGGAGUCAUUCUGCAAUUCCAAAUCCUAGAUUAUUUCCAAACAGAAAAUGAAGAUGAAAAAUCAGAUAUCAUAGAAAAAUUAAAAGAAAAUUCCAAUUUCAAGGAUUUAUUAAAAGCUGGAUAUACCGAAGAAUGGCCAUUUUUAACAGACAGAUACUUAAGAAUUGAAGAAGUUGAUACCAGUGCUUUGUUAACAUUCUUUCAACCGCUCGAAGAUUAUUUAGAUAAUGCACCAUUAAAGCGAGAUACUGUGGCUCCAAUAGAAAUUACAACAACUUCAACUACACCAAUACCGACAACUGUAGUUAUAGAAAAAGUCGUAUCAACUGGGAAAAAUGGUUUAGAAACAUCAUCUAACAGCGCCGAACACUUAAAUAGUUCUUUAGUAGCCACGUCCAGUGAGAAUCCAGAUAGUAUGUUAUUGAGUGCAUCGAACCUGUAUAUAAUUAUCGGUUGCACCAUUUUAAUAGUAUGUGCGAUUAUUGGUGGAAUUGCAAUUGUGCGUUUACGAACAAAGAAAGAUACAAAAGAAGUGAGAAAUAAUAAUCGGCGAUUUGAUGCUUAAUAAUUGUGUGAAUUAUUUUAGUGUUAUUAGCAAAUGAAAACUUAAAAUAUGGAUAAUGGAGUUAUGUCAUAAUUUUGAAAAUGUACAGGGUAUAUUGAUCUUUAUACGACUCUUAUCUCCUUGUAUUGUAAGUGGUUGUCUAAAAUCUUUCGCAGAGUCAAAUGCGGAUAUUUUUAAUCCCUGGUGGGAAAAAUAUUUGAAGAAAGAAUAAAUCUUUAUAAAAGUCUUAGAAACUCUGAAAAAGUCUUGGGAACUCUGAAUAAUUGAAUUUCUAAACGCUUUUGGACUAUCUAAUUCAGAGUUAUCCAGGAGUCCGAAUUAGACAAUCCAAAAACGUUCUGAAAUUCAGAGUUUUUAUGACUUAUUCUUUCUUCAAAUAUUUUUUCCACCAAGGAUGUCACAAGUUAUCAUCUGUGAGUGUUUUCCCCUACCUUUAUAUACUGCCAGUGUUCGGAGAAUAUUUAUAGAGUUAAGGUAUUAUGGUUACGUUUACACGAACACAUGAUCAUUAGAGCCGUAUUACUCAAAUAUUUUUGGGUAAUACGGUCGAAGAAACACGGCAAAUACCUGUAUAUUUUGAGCUCCAAUUAUUAAUAUAAUCGAAACCGUUUAUUACCAAAAUUGACCAUAAAUUAGGUGAUAUUUUUAGUAUUGUUAAAAUGGUUACCUUCUCUAGUAUAUGUACCAAGAUUUUCAAACCUUUUUGAAGACGUAUUCCAGCGACAGAAAGAAAUAGUAUGUAGUAAAUACCUAAGUUAACAUCUAUGCUCAGCAGACAAAAUGUGCGGUCGAAUCUCAAAUUUGACCCCCUUAUUUUCUUCUGUGGUAAGAAAGAGAUAAAUAAUGAGUCAUUUCAGAAAGGCUGAAAAUUUCAUUGGUGUUUCGCGUUCUAAAUCGUAAGAAUCAAUCGUAAUGAUCCCAAGUCCCAAAGAUGUAGCGACUGUCUCAAGUUUGAACUAAUUCCAGAAAGGAUAGAACCGGUUUUAAUCGACUUGGGGUAACAUUUCCAAAAAAAUAUUGUUUAUGUGAGAUCGUCCGAAAUGGUAGUGGGAAAAUUUAUCUAGUCCGAAACGCUGAAUAUAUCGGUUCUGUCUCAUCAGGAAACUG